UUUUUUAGUUACAAAAUGGACUGAAAUCAUAUGAUUAAUUACACACCACACAAUCGUCAGUUGAUUGCUUUUAUGUAGGUUUUUUUGGCAAAACGUGAGACUAUUGUAAGAAAAUUAUUAAUUAUUUAAUAAUAAAAUAAAUAAAAAAUGGCACUUCACUCAGCAGUAAAAGGAAAAUUAAUUUCUGUAAUUGGAGAUGAGGAUACUUGUGUUGGAUUUCUACUGGGCGGUAUAGGUGAAAUAAAUAAGAAUCGUCAUCCUAAUUUCAUGGUAGUUGAUAAGAAUACUGCAGUCAGUGAAAUUGAGGAAUGCUUUAAGAGAUUUUUAAAGCGAGAUGAUAUUGAUAUAAUAUUAAUUAAUCAGAAUGUUGCUGAGUUGAUUCGACAUGUGAUAGAUAAUCAUACUCAGCCAAUUCCUGCUGUUUUAGAAAUACCAUCAAAAGAUCACCCUUAUGAUGCUUCCAAAGAUUCAAUUUUAAGAAGAGCCAAGGGAAUGUUUAAUCCAGAUGAUAUGUCUCAUUAAUAAUUGUGUCCAAAUAUGGAAUAUACUACCACUUGUAUAGAAUUAGUAAAGCAUUCCUAUUGAAUUAUCUAGUUAUUUUAACUGUUAAUAAUGUUUUUGCUUCUUAAUGUAGUGUUGCAAUCUUUGUAAACUAACAUCAUUAUGCAAACAUUAAUUUGUUAAUAUAGGGAUUGUUGGCAUAAAUAAUAGAACACAAUUAGAUGA